AUGUUUCCAACAACUUGGAGGUUCUUGCUGCUCUUGCUGCGUUGCAACGACGAUUUCAUCGAGCUCGGUCUGGUCGACGUAGACAUCUCAAACAGACUGAGAUCCUGCUCAUUGCCGCGCCACUUCAUCUUCUCAGGGUCCGUAAUUGUGAGGUCCUCAGGGAAUGCGUCAAUAUCGUCCAAGUCAGACGAGUAUCGCAGUGUCCGCGGCUGUGGGACAAUGUUCAUGGACGACAUGGUGCGAUGGAGCGAGCGCGAAAACCCAGAUUUCGGAAUGUCCAUGCUGGAGGACGAUUUGCGGAUCGAUUUGCGGCCAGUGUUGCCGGCCAAAACGGGCAUCGACGAUUUGGCCCGCAGUUUCUUCGGACUCACCACCUUCAAUCGGUGGAAAGUGCCAUUGUCUGGCUCGUCAGCCUCGUCAAGAUACAGCCUUGAGGUGCGUCUGGUCAGCUCAGCCAGCUUUUCGGCCUGCUGUCGUCUAAGUUCCAGUUUCUGCGCAAGGUUCAAAUCAGGCUCUAGAUCGUCAAAAUCGUCUGCAUAG